AAUGAGGAGCUGGCCUCUCCACCCACUGACUUGUGCUGGUCCAGGUGGGCCGGCCGGCCGGUGCUGGAGGCUCCCAGGACCUUCUGCUGUUGGCGUGCCUGCGGCCAGCAUCCUGUGCCGGCCUCUCUGUGCUUUCGCUCCUUUUUGUCUCGUCUCACGUGGCGUUUGCUUGGAGUGUGGAGUCCCUGCUCCACCCAGUGGUCUCUGAGCCGAGGAAGCGGCCCACCAGCCAUCUUUGAGCAGUGACAGCCCAGGAGCUCCUGGGGGGAAGGGCGGAAGGAGGAGGAACAAAGGCGGUCGUGCUGGCGCCGCCUCCCUGCCCGCCCACCAUGUGUCAGUCAGAGGCGAGGCGAGGACCGGAGCUCAGCACGGCGAAAUGGUUGCACUUCCCCCAGCUGGCCCUGCGACGGAGGCUGGGACAGCUGAGCUGCAUGUCCAGACCUGCGCUGAAACUGCGCUCCUGGCCCCUGACGGUCCUCUACUACCUCCUGCCCUUCGGUGCCCUCAGACCGCUCAGCCGGGUGGGAUGGAGGCCCGUGAGCAGGGUGGCGUUGUACAAGUCGGUGCCCACGCGCUUGCUGUCGCGGGCCUGGGGUCGCCUUAACCAGGUGGAGCUGCCGCACUGGCUGCGCCGGCCCGUCUACAGCCUGUACAUCUGGACCUUCGGGGUGAACAUGAAGGAGGCCGCCGUGGAGGACCUGCACCACUACCGCAACCUCAGCGAGUUCUUCCGGCGCAAGCUGAAGCCGCAGGCCCGGCCCGUGUGUGGCGUGCACAGCGUGAUCAGCCCGUCCGAUGGGAAGAUCCUCAACUUUGGGCAGGUGAAGAACUCGGAGGUGGAGCAGGUGAAGGGGGUCACCUACUCGCUGGAGUCGUUCCUGGGCCCGCGUGCCUCUGUGGAGGACCUGCCCUUCCCACCAGCCGCCUCCUGCAGCUCCUUCCGGAGCCAGCUGGUCACCCGAGAAGGGAACGAGCUCUACCACUGCGUCAUCUACCUGGCCCCCGGCGACUACCACUGCUUCCACUCGCCCACCGACUGGACCGUGUCCCACCGGCGCCACUUCCCAGGCUCCCUGAUGUCCGUGAACCCCGGCAUGGCCCGCUGGAUCAAAGAGCUCUUCUGCCACAACGAGCGGGUGGUCCUGACCGGGGACUGGAAGCACGGCUUCUUCUCGCUGACAGCUGUGGGGGCCACCAACGUGGGCUCCAUCCGCAUCUACUUUGACCGGGACCUGCACACAAACAGCCCGCGGUACAGCAAGGGCUCCUACAACGACUUCAGCUUCGUGACCCAGGCCAACAGGGAGGGCAUCCCCAUGCGCAAGGGCGAGCACCUGGGCGAGUUCAACCUGGGCUCCACCAUCGUGCUCAUCUUCGAGGCCCCCAAGGACUUCGACUUCAAGCUGAAAGCAGGACAGAAAAUCCGGUUUGGGGAGGCCCUGGGCUCCCUCUAGGGCCUCUCCUGGCUGCCGCUGCUGAGGGACCUAAACAGAAAUGGGAGAGUGUGAGGAACCUCCUCAGCUGUCUGGAGGGGACUCUCAGGACCAGGGGUCUGACCAGGCAGGACCUGGGUGACCUCUGCUCCUGCUGUCCCAGAGGUGCGGGCGCGGCCAGAGCCCGGUCAUGCCCAAGACCCACGUCAUCCCUCUGCUCACCCUAAAGAGAAAGUAAGUGUCGGGCUGAUCAGAUUCCCUUUCAGAGAAGUUUUAGCCCCAUUUGCAUAAACCAGAGCCCUGCCUCUCCUGGC